AUGGAGCAGAAAGAAUUACGUUUUGAGGGAUGCAACUUCUUCAGACAGCGACUUGCUUAUUCAUUGCUAAGUGGUCACUCGGUGACCAUUUCAGAGAUACGUCGUUAUGAUGAUGAACCAGGAAUAAAAGAUUUCGAGUCAAAACUUCUGUUAAUGUUGGAAAAGAUAACCAAUGGCACACGAAUUAAAAUCAGUCAAACAGGUACUGAAGUUACAUUCUCACCUGGUAUGAUCACGGGUGGCAAACUUACUUUCGAUUGUGGCAAUGACCGAUGCAUAAGCUACUACCUGGAACCUUUGUUAAUGAUUGCUCCUUUUUGUAAGUAUCCACUUAACGUAAAACUAGAAGGAAUAACCAACGCUCCAUGUGAGUUAAGUGUCGAUGCCAUUCGUGCAACGUGGCUUCCGGUUUUCAAUAAAUUUGUGUUUGCAUCUGAUGUGCCAGAAAUUAAGAUUACUGCUCGAGGUUACAAACCCGACGGUGGUGGAUGUGUAAUUUUGACUUUACCAACAAUAAGAACCUUUCGUCCUGUACAGUGUAAAACAGUUGGAAAAAUAUGUAAAAUACGAGGGAUUGCGUCUGUUUCCAAAGUUUCUCCAUCUAUAGCAUAUCGUAUGAUUGAUGCAGCAAAGCACACUCUUCGCGAUUACAUUGCUGAUAUUUAUAUCACUGUUGAUCAGAGAAAAGGAGCAUCUGGUGGAAAUUCACCUGGCUUUGGUCUUUUUUUAACUAGUGAAACAACGGAAGGAAUAAUUUAUCAUGGUGAAGCCGUAUCAAAACCGAAAGAUGAACAAGGCAACCCAGUUGUGCCGGAAGACGUUGGACACGUUGCUGCAUGCCAGUUGUUGGAUCAGAUCUUUGCAGGAGGAUGUGUUGACACCACAGCUCAAGCCUUAGCUGUGACUUUUAUGACGCUUUGCGAAAAGGAUGUUAGUACAUAUCUGUUUGGACCUCUCUCUGCUUACUGUAUGUACACAUUGCGGAAUUUGAAGAAAUACUUCGAAAUAACAUUCAAAAUAGACCAUUGGGAUGAGCUAUGCGAUGAUAAAGAACAGAGAUUGGGCUCUAAUGAGAAGGUACUGAUGACUUGUAUGGGUAUCGGAUUUAGUAAUUUGAAUAAAAUUGUGUUGUGA